AUGUCGGCGGGCCGAGGAAUCGUGGCAUGGCACACAUGCAGCAUUACCAAAGACCCCAGUGACGGCAUCAACAAUGUAAUCCGCACCAUGUUCACGCAAUCGUCCAUCGACCCCAGAGACGUCGCCAGCGUCACCAUAGGCACCACCCACUUUAUCAACGCCGUCGUCGAAAGAGACCGAUCCCGCCUAACCCCCGUCGCCGUCGUCCGUCUGGCCGGGCCCUAUUCGCGCGACAUCCCCAUCGGUAUCGAUUGGCCGCCGCAGUUACGGGAGAUUAUCUGUACCGACCGCUGA